AUGGUACAGCCUCCCCUUAGUUGCUUGUCAUCAGAACACUUCGCUUGCUCCAAUCCGAUCAUUGACGCUUACGAUACUUCCGCAAAGAUUUCCCGAGGGGACGUCAAAAUAGAGCGGUCCGGGUGUCCUGGGAUCUGUGGCCCGCAGGCCGCGACCACAUCAACCCUGUCUUUCUCAAGCUUCCGCAGCUCUUUCACUUCCAAUGUUAAUUACUUGAAAAGAAGUUCAGUGGAGGCAUUGCGCAGAUUCAGCUCCGGUGAUCUGCAGUCGGAGUGCGAUGAGGGCGAGGUGGACCCUUACACGGGCCGCGCGGCCACCACUAGUCAACCCAAGCCGCAAGCUCAAAAGCCCACGUCGCAGGCGACUGGAGGCAGCUUGGGAGGCUCGUCCGGACCUCCGCCAGCGCCGUCUGCUGCAGCAGCUGGUGGGGACCUCUCUCUUAAUUUGCGAGGCGGCUCUAGGGGUACAUCAGCGCCAUCUUCCCCCGCCAAAUCUAGAGAGUCCUUGUUGCAACGGGUACAAUCUCUCACAGGCGCCGCUCGUGAUCAAGGCGCUAAUUUACUCGGAAGUGUAACAUCGGUAGCGUCAGUGGGCCGUGGUUACAACCGAGACCGAUGUGUGACGUUGCUUGUGGUGGACGAUCAAAAUACCGACUGGUCCAAGUACUUUAGAGGUCGGAGGCUGCCGGGAGAAUGGGACAUCCGCGUGGAACAGGCGGAAUUCAGGGAACUCUCAGUAACUGCGAACUCGGAUGGAGCCAACGUUUCCAUGGCGGUGUACCGUAGUGGUACGAAAGUGACACGAUGUUUCAAGCCUGACUUCGUGCUGGUGAGGCAAAACGUACGUGACGCUGGCGCGGAUCAUCGCGCUCUACUGCUUGGACUCAAGUUCGGAGGAGUUCCUUCCAUCAACAGCCUCAACUCAAUUUACCAUUUCCAAGAUCGUCCUUGGGUUUUUGGACAUCUUCUACAGCUUCAGAGGCGCCUUGGACGGGAGAACUUUCCUCUCAUCGAACAAACCUACUACCACAACCACACUGACAUGGUCACAGCGCCCAAGUUCCCCGUGGUGAUCAAGAUAGGGCACGCACAUAGCGGCGUCGCUAAGGUGAAAGUGGACUCCCUGGCCGAUUUCCAGGACAUUGCUGGUGUUGUAGCAAUGCUGGGAACUUAUUGCACUGUGGAACCGUACAUCGACGCCAAAUACGAUAUUCACAUUCAAAAGAUCGGCACCAACUACAAAGCAUUCAUGCGCAAAUCUAUUUCGGGUAACUGGAAAACGAACCAGGGAUCUGCUAUGCUCGAGGCCAUCGGUAUGAAUGACAGAUAUAAAAUGUGGAUUGACGAGGUGAGCGAAAUAUUCGGAGGACUUGAGGUUUGCGCUUUGGAACUGGUCGUGGGUAAGGACGGUCGCGAACACAUCAUCGAACUUAACGACUCUGCUACUUCGUUCAUGGGAGACUCACAAGAGGAAGAUCGUCGUAAUCUCGCUGAACUAGUUCUGCAGCGCAUGCAGGCGGUGUGUCGUCCAGGUCUAACAAAGACGACAUCUAGGUCAUCGGUAUCGGGUGUUUCGGCAGCAGGAUCUCCUGAGGAACGCGGCGGAGCCCUGCCCGGGACCGGUCCACCAACAGCGCCGCCUCCAGCGCCACUCUCCUCAGCCACCAGCAUUGACCGCCCGCUGCCACCAAUUCCAGCCGAACCCACUCAGCCACCGCCGCCGCCGCUCACCCGACGUGACUCUCAAGCAUCUCAAUCGUCGACGGUGUCAUCUGCGUCGGCAGCUCCGAGCUCAGGUCCGGCGGGCGGCGUGACUGGAGCCGGGUCUGUGGGUCCGGCGGCUCCGGCUCCGACGUCCGGCCGCGGUGGGUUCGCACGCCAGGGCUCGCUUAGCGCCGCGCUCACUGAAGACGCCGAAGACACCAUGAAGAACUUACGGAAAACUUUCGCUGGAAUCUUCGGUGACAUGUAACGUGUCACUUAAUCUCAUUUCGUUUUCUCGCAUUAAAACUGUAUAAUCUUAAAACUUACAAAUUUUACAGAUGAGUGUUUUAAACUUUUAACAUAUGAUAUUUUUAAUAUUAAUCAUCUUUGCAACAUUAAUUUUUUAUUUUUUACCAGUUACAUUAUCUGUCUUUUAAAGUAAGAAAAAAUUAUGUAUUAAUUUUGUUAAUAGUAAUAGUCAAAACAUAGGUAAACUAAAAAAAAACUCAAAUUAAACUACGCUCUUUUGACAGUAUUUAUGAGAAAAAUACUGGUGAUACCAAAUGAUUCCGCAUAUUAGCUCAAUUUCGAAUAUUUUUGGAAAUUGAACACUUUUAAUGCGAAAAGACGAUUUGACCGUUUCGACAAUAUACGUUAUUAUCGUUUUUUUUUUUUUUGAUUACGCAAAAAUUUUUUUAAAGAGAGACAUGACACUAAAUGAAGACUUUGACGAUCGUAAUAUCUGACUUUACUGUUAACUUGAAUGCAUUUGAAGGCUGUCCUUCUAAAUUCAUGGAGGUGGUAUGCCCGACAUCCAGUUGGCAUGCUCACGUUACACAGUUUUUAAAAUAGUUCUAUAAUGUACGUUAAGAUUUUUUUACAGUUAGUUUAAUAUUAAUAAUUAAUAUUAAAAAAAAAAAAUGAAUCAACUAAGCUGCAUUGUGAUCGAGCCCGUUUGGUACAAACGUUACGUCGCUAGUAGCAGCGUACGUAGUAGCUAUUUGUCGAAUUAUGACUAUUUCUGGCUUCCUCCUUCACUAACGCUACUCUUACUGUAGAUGAUGCUAAUCGUGAACUUGAAUUUACUUAAAAUGUUGAAAGGAAUGUAGAUUUUGCGAAGGAACCCGACGAGUUAGAACCCCCAUUAUUUCAAUCAAUAUUAGAUUCAAAAGAAAACGAAGCUCUUUCUUGUCCCGAUAGACACAAUCUGCAAAUAUGGUAACUAAAGUACUGGAAAUAAUUACAUGAUUUUUAUUUACAUUGUUUUUCUACGUCUCUUUUAAAUUUAAUAUGUAAUAAGUUAAAUAAUGACUUUUUUUUUGAAAAGAAAAAACGGAUGAGGAGUAGGAACGGGCGAGCAAUGCCAUCGAAGACAAUAUUGUUAAACGCAAGAAUUGAUCAACAUUUUAAAUAAUAAUACUAUAUCUAAUAACUUAAUAGUUGUAGCUCCUAGAUUAAGAAUCUUGUUACUGCCUAUUUAUGCUUAAUGUACAACUUACAUCACUACAAAAACAAUUGUCAUGCAGCGUGACAACGCUCUGCUUUUAUUACUUAUAGUAAAUCGUUUUAAUUAUAAUUUCCUAUAAAUUUUAAAGUACCUCAUAGAAAAAAUCAUAAUUAUAACUCAUUUUAUAGUUAAUUUGCUGUAUUAAUGCUGAAUAAAUGUUGGUGUAUUGUAUUGUAUUGUAUUGUGCUUACGAAAUCGUAUGAAGUUUACAAAUUUAAAAUAAUAUGGUUCAAUAACUGACAUUUACUUAUAUCGGUACUGUUAUAUAAAUACCAAACUAUAUCUAUCUAAUCUAUAUCUCAUAUUUAUGGAAACUACGAUAAUCGAUCAUUCACUUAUUCUUGUAGUUUACUCGUUUUAUCUUAACAUCUAAAUAACAAUCUAAUAAUCCUAAUUAUAUUUAAACUGAUUAUUAUACAAUAUUUAUUAAUCAACUUGAUAUAUAUUAGAUUUUACAACGAAAAUAAUAUAAUUAAUAAAAAUAUAAGAUAAUAUAAAUAAUAUAAUUAAUACAUAGCCUGUUGACACUGUGACCGAAGGAAACAUUGAUCUCAUUAGUUUUGUGGUUACAUUAAAGAAUUAGUUAAUUUUACAUUAUAGAAAUAAUGGUUAUACAAUUUUACAUAUUCAACCCAACCCCCUACACCUGGCGUACAUAUUAUUGAUACAUUGACGCAAUACAUAUUAUUCGUAUGUAUUAAUAAACUAAGACUUAUUUUUAUAGUGUUGCACUUGUAGUUAGUUUACGUCACAUAACUCAUGUAGCGUUGUUAGCCACGAAUGUAGGCAUUUGUUAUUAAGUAUAUAUAUAUAAAAUAUAUCUAUAAUACGCGAUAUAUUGAAGUAAUAAAUUGAAAUGCUCUUCGAUUCGUAGCAAAUUUUUGUUGAAUUUAUAUACAUACAUAUAUAUAUACGCUUACAGCGACAAGCAAUAUCUAACACAUAUAAUUUAUUAAUACCUUAAACUUAUGUUCAAUACCUUAGACGGUUCGUAGUUUGUUGAUUGUUAAAUAUUUAUACAUUCGAAUAAAAUAUAAACGCUAUUGUUGUUGUUGGUAACAAGUUAUACAAUAUAUGAAUACUCGAUUUCGUCCCGGAGGUAAUCUUUGAAGGAUGUAUUGCGAUAAAAAAUCCAAGGCAGGUAGGUUCACGUACGUAAAUCCAUGGUACACGACGCGACGGCUCGUGAGCAAAACAAAGGGAACGUGAACUCCCCUUGGACUCUUAUAUCGGCUUAAUCUUCUAGAGGUAAUUUAUAAGCAUGGCGUGCCACGACCCACAACAGAAUUCGUGAUGUGAGAUUUUCAACCUUCAUAAACUUUAUUGACGGGGGAAAUAUCAAGAGUCUCGUAAACGCUUCGGCAAUACGAAUCAUAAAUUUAUUUUCGGUAAAACGAUUGUCCGUUGUGGCACCCGCAUGUUAUCCGGAUCGAAUAUGUUAAUGGAAUUUGAAUGCAUGUUAAUCUAUCUGUAUUGUACGAAUAGUUAAUAAACAUUUUGGUAAAUCAAUACCGAA